AUGAGUUAUUGGAAGUUUUCCAAAUUCAAGUUUGGUAAAUCCAAGGAAGAAAGGCAGGCAAAAGAGGCUGAGAAAGAGAAGAAGGACAAAGACAAGAAAGAGGAAUCCGAAAAAGGCAUUGAUAGCAAGCUAUUUCACUUUGAACAUGGUUCGUCCGAUUGGGGGGAUCAGAACUUAACUGUGAACAGUUCUGAUCUCAGUCGGUCGUCAAUUGAUAGAAAGGAAACUAUCGUGCCAUCGCCUGCAUCGAUGGCGCCGGUGCGAUUGUCGCAUGAUGCUUCAUCCACUGCCUCGACCGUAAGGGAUGAAUUAACUGAGGAGAAUGAGGAUGUCAGCUCUCCGCGGGCUUCCCAUUCCAGAGAAAGAGUUGCGGAUAUCUCGACAACAAGCGAAACAACAGCUGCACCGGUGGCAACGCAUGCCAACAAUGCUACAUCUACAGCUGGGAUGAUGACCAUAAAGGUGUACAACGGUGAGGGAUUCAGAUUGCCAUUUCCAAUCACGUCAAAUGAACAGAUUCUGAGCAAAUUACUAAGCUCUGGUAUAACUGCAGAACGUACGAGCUUGGCGCUGGAGGUAGAUUCUGUAGCCUCACAGCUUUCACGCAUUCAAUUGCAGAAGCAGGGUUCUAGUGGUGAGAACCUGUUGCCGGAAGAUCAAUGUACUAAUUUCGUUCCAGCGACCAUUUUGUUGCCUGGUUCUGACGACUUAAACCCGCUAUUGUACUUCACUAUCGAGUUCGACAACACGGUGGCCACCAUUGAGCCUGAAUAUGGGACCAUGGCACAACCUGUCUUUAACAAGAUCUCGACGUUUGAUGUGACAAGGAGACUGCCAUUCUUGAAGAUUGAUGUUUUUGUGAGAAUUCCGUCUAUCUUACUUCCAUCUAAAGUAUGGCAACAAGAAGUGGCUGCGCACAAUGAAGGACUUAAGACGAUCCUUGAUCAAAUAAACUCCAACCAGGAUAUUCAUUUAGAUUCCUUUCACUUACCUGUGAAUUUGAAGAUCGAUUCGGCUGCAAAUAUCAGAUUAUUUAACCAUCAUUGGAUCACUUUGGAUAAUGGUUGGGGCAAAAUCAAUCUAAGUGUCGAUUAUAAGCCUACAAGAAACAAGGCCUUAUCGAUUGACGACUUCGAUCUACUGAAGGUCAUCGGGAAGGGAUCUUUCGGGAAAGUUAUGCAAGUUAGAAAGAAGGACACUCAAAAGAUUUACGCUUUGAAAGCAAUCAGAAAAGCAUAUAUCGUCUCCAAAUCUGAAGUCACCCACACUUUGGCCGAAAGAACUGUCUUGGCUCGUGUCGAUUGUCCCUUUAUCGUUCCGCUAAAAUUCUCUUUUCAGUCACCAGAAAAGCUAUAUCUGGUCCUGGCCUUUAUAAACGGUGGCGAAUUGUUUUAUCACUUACAGAAAGAGGGGAGGUUCGAUCUUUCCCGUUCAAGAUUCUACACGGCCGAGUUGCUGUGCGCUCUGGAGACCCUACACAACCUCGAUGUCAUAUAUCGUGAUCUGAAACCAGAGAAUAUCCUUCUUGAUUACCAGGGGCAUAUUGCGCUGUGUGAUUUCGGAUUGUGUAAGCUCAACAUGAAAGACAAGGAUAAAACAGAUACGUUCUGUGGCACUCCGGAGUAUCUGGCUCCAGAGCUCUUACUAGGACAGGGAUAUUCGAAAGCGGUAGACUGGUGGACUCUUGGGGUCCUGCUAUACGAGAUGUUAACUGGUCUCCCACCAUACUACGAUGAAGACGUGCCCAAGAUGUACAAGAAAAUUCUGCAGGAACCGCUAAGGUUCCCGGACGGGUUUGACAGGGACGCAAAAGACUUGCUAAUCGGCUUGCUAAGCCGUGACCCCAAGAGAAGACUGGGAUACAACGGAGCAGAGGAGAUCAAGAGACAUCCUUUUUUCUGUCAAUUGUCGUGGAAACGUCUUCUCAUGAAAGGCUACAUUCCCCCAUAUAAGCCCCCCGUAACGAGCGCGAUCGAUACCAGCAACUUUGAUCAAGAAUUCACAAGGGAAAAACCAAUUGACAGCUUGGUUGAUGAGUUUUUGAGCGAAAGUGUUCAGAAACAGUUUGGCGGAUGGACUUACGUCGGAAGUGAACAAUUAGGUAGCUCCAUGAUUCAAGGCAGGAGCAUAAGAUGA